CCGGCGCGGGCGGAACCUGUGCGCGCAGGCGCGGCGGGGCCGUUUGGGUGCCGGACCGCCGUGCCACGUCUGAGGAGCGCGGCGGGGACGGGACGGGCCGCUCGUCGCCGGGAGCUCCGCGGGGUCCGCCGCCGCCAUGGUCUCGGUGAUCAACACGGUGGAUACCUCUCACGAGGACAUGAUCCACGAUGCGCAGAUGGAUUACUAUGGCACUCGGUUAGCGACCUGCUCUUCAGACAGAUCUGUGAAAAUCUUUGAUGUUCGGAAUGGAGGACAAAUCCUCAUUGCGGACCUGAGAGGGCAUGAAGGUCCCGUGUGGCAGGUUGCCUGGGCUCAUCCCAUGUAUGGCAAUAUCUUGGCUUCCUGUUCCUAUGACAGGAAAGUUAUUAUCUGGAAGGAAGAAAAUGGCACGUGGGAAAAAACGUACGAGUACACAGGGCAUGAUUCCUCAGUGAAUUCUGUCUGCUGGGCACCACACGACUACGGAUUGAUCCUGGCCUGCGGGAGCUCCGACGGGGCCAUUUCGUUACUGAGCUACACGGGUGAUGGGCAGUGGGAAGUCAAAAAGAUCAGCAAUGCGCAUACGAUCGGAUGUAAUGCAGUUAGCUGGGCUCCUGCUGUUGUACCAGGAAGUCUUAUAGAACAACCAUCUGGUCAAAAACCAAACUACAUCAAAAGAUUUGCAUCUGGUGGCUGUGACAACCUUGUCAAGAUCUGGAAGGAAGAAGAUGGUCAGUGGAAAGAAGAGCAGAAGCUGGAGGCCCACAGUGACUGGGUUCGAGAUGUAGCCUGGGCUCCAUCCAUAGGUUUGCCCACAAGUACCAUCGCUAGCUGCUCCCAGGAUGGCAGAGUGUUUAUCUGGACAUGUGAUGAUGCCUCUGGAAAUUCCUGGUCACCAAAGCUGCUGCACAAGUUCAAUGAUGUUGUCUGGCAUGUGAGUUGGUCCAUUACUGCAAACAUUCUUGCAGUGUCUGGAGGAGACAAUAAAGUCACACUGUGGAAGGAAUCAGUAGACGGACUGUGGGCAUGUAUCAGUGAUGUCAACAAGGGCCAAGGAGGGGUGUCCGCCGUUACAGAGGGGCAGCAGAAUGAGCAGUGAUGCAUGAGUGAAUGUUCAGCUGCAACAAGUGAUCACUAUACCUGAUUUGCAAUGUUUCUUGAAAGAGGAGAACUGAUUUCCAUCUAAACUGGACGUGAACAUGGGAAGCAAUUAUCCAAUUUUAUGAGCACUCUCUAACUAUUACUGGGGGGCUACAAUAUGUUGAUAAUCAGCCUUAAUCAACAUUCCCUUAAAUUUAAGGUAAAGAGCGUAGCAAAGUACUGUGCCUUACACUACUCCUUGAUGCUGCAGACAUUGUACCCUGCUUUUCUGGUUUGGGGAUCAAAUCUUAUUGCAUGUGCUGUAGACUCCAAGCACUUGAGUAGGAACAGGAGGAGACUAUCAGAGUGGUGAAGUGUGAACUCCUUUGUGCAAGGGGACAAAUACUCUGUCCCUUCAAAGGGCCAGAACUUUGUUCCAAGUGAGGCGAAGGGCUGGCGGAGUUUUCAACAUUAGAUGACAGCGUGCAAGCUAGCUCUUCUGGUAGUAGUGAAGGGGUGCUUAGAUCUUCCUGAAAAUAACGUGCUUGGAUAUGUGAAAGUCUCUGAGAUUUCCUGAAGAUGAAAAGGAGUAGUGGAAUGCAUAUGUCAUUUGCUUUAUAAUAAUCUCAAACUUGGUUAUUGAACCAAAAUCAAAAAAAAAAUCAAACCACAAUUUGAAGAUUUUUUUUUUUAGCCACACUUCUUUACUGUACCUCAGGUGGUUGAUUGGUUUUUUUUGGUUUUUUUUUUUUUUUGAGAUACCAACAGAAUAAAGUCCUAUUGGUUAAAGCCUGA